AUGUCAUCGCCAGCCGGGCUUCAGUACUCCCAGGCAGAGUUCUUGGCCCGGUGGAUGCCAAGUAGCAGCAGAGCCGGGGUGAUCCUCAACCCCUCCCCGGACUUGGCCGGUUCCUUGCGGCACAUGUCAACCGUGGGAUCCCCGCCCCUGGAGCCAGACGACUCCUUCGCCUCCGACUUCGCCCCUCUGUCCGCCUCUGCAGACAGCAGCUGCGUCGGUGUCGAUGGAUUUUUACGGCCGGCUGGAGGAGAGAGGGCUGGGACUGACAGGCCAGUGAAUAUGGCAAGCAAAUCACAGGAUCUGCCCCUAAUGAUGAAGCUAGAGGAGUUGAGGAAAUGGCAGCAACACAUGCAGGAGCAGCUAAAGGCCAAUCAGUUGGAGGAGCUGCUUCGCCUCCAGGAAGAGCAGCAGAGGCUCCUGGGAAUGAUGAAUGAUUCCCAGCACUGCACAGGAGACACAUGGAACUCCACAGACGAUGAUGACACGUUAAUAUCAAGUAAUGGUGCAGCUUUGACUGAAGGCCAUGGUAGAACAGAAGAUACAACUUCUCAGGACAGACCUAUUAAGCCAGGCAUUGGAGGUCAUAAGCAGACAUUUGAGGAGUUGUUGGAGGAGCAACUUAGGUUGGAGGAGCAGAGGCUGAAGUCUGCCCGGCAACAGAAGAGCCAAGAUGGGGCUGAAGCUGUACAUGCCCCUCCCAAGAGGGCCUUUCUGAAGCGAGGCGAGGGGCUUUCUAGAUUUACCAACAAUCGCAAAGCCUCUUUACCAAAAAAGGAGAUGAAGAAGGACUCCAAACCACAACCACGAGCCAGAGUAAUCUCCCGCAGCAACUCAGAGCCUGCAGCCAUCCUGAAAGGUGGCACAAAUUGCAUCCAGCGGCUUCCUGUCCAGCGUAAAACUGCCAUACUUAACAAGGAGAACCGAUUGAGAGGUCUUAAUUCGCCACCUCAGGACACCAGAGCUGAAAGUAAGAUGGCCCGGAUGAAGGUGUUGGGUAGUCAUCAAAGGCAGAAUACAGAAGGAUCAGAGUCUAUUGAAACUGACUCAGAGGGGAGACGAACCAAACAGUGUCAACUGGGUCAAGUAAAGGACCAGAAUAACAGGACAGUGGGUCUGUCUGCUCAAACUGCAAGGAAACCUGAGCAUCACAACAUGCAGCCGAACCCUGUUACCAAACAGGUGGGCAUGUUGGGAGGGCCAGAGAAGGCUGAAAAUUAUGCAGCUAAAGAGAAAAAUUUUGGUUCAAAAGUGUAUUCAGCAGAACGAAGAACAGGGUCAGAGGGAGACGGAGGAGGAGAAGGAGAAGGAGUUCCACCGGACUCGUUUGAGUUGUCGUUCCAGGAGAAGCUUCAGCGCUGGGAGUGUGACCUGCAGUUGGAAAACAUGGAGCUGGGAGAGUUUGAGCUACUGGAGCAGGCAGCCGAAGAGCUGUCCUUCUCGUCCAACUCCUCCUUUGUCAUGAAGGUUCUUCAGAUGGACCAGCAGCACCAGAAGCUGCAUGCUGCUCAGGGGCUCCACCAGCGACGGCUCUCCUCCACCCCCAUCAAGUCGCCUCCCAGAGGUGCACUUCAGAGGUGCAGCAGUGGUGGUUUGACAUGUAAAAACAGCUCUGUGAACGCAGAAGCAUUUGUGGCGAAGAGAAGAGAUGAUGCAAUGAAGAACAAAGUGAACAUCGAGGACGAAGAGGGACAGGACAGUGGGAGAGAAGACAAGCACUCUGAUGUUUCAUCCUGUGGCAGCUCUGAAUUUGAAGACCAGGAAGUUGCGGUCAAAGCACCUGUGUUUCCCUGCACCUUUACCUUUCCUGCACAGUCUAACCCACCAUACGAUAAGCGGUCGUAUCAGGACGAGGACAGUUGUAGAGAUUCAGAUGUGACACAAGAUGGUGACGGUGAGAGCGACGGCGUCCUCAGCAAUGCUGAUGAGUCCACUCUGAUAGAGGACAAAGUUGGCCAGCAGAGGAGAGUUGUGUUUGACGACGAUGACACGUGGAACGACCUGGAGGAAACUACAGUCGACCCACACGGUGACAUUAGAGGAGUCAGUCCAGUUUCCAAGGCAACAGCCAAUCGCGUCUCACCGCCGGAGCGGCCUUUGUUGAGGAAGGUGGCGGUGAGCAAAGUUGUGGAGCUGGAUAAAGGCACAGUCACUGGUUCAGCCAAUCUGGAGCCAGAUCCUCCUCCUGCCUCUCAGCUUAUGACAAGGUUGUUCCCCUCGCUCAAGCCAAAGGCCCAGAAUACACCUCUCCCUCCUCCUACAGCUUCUGUUGGUCCUGAGCCCAAAAAACCAGAGGAGGAGACAGGCCAGCAGGUCCAGUCUAGGCAGCUGAGGGAGAGACUGGUUGAGCUGGAGAUUGAGAUCGAGAGAUUUAAGAAGGAGAACGCCGCCCUCGCCAAACUCCGACAGGAGAACGAGAGAAACCAGGAAAACCUCAGGAAAGAGCGUUUGGAGUUUGAACAGACGAAAGCAGAGGAGCUGGCCAAGUUCGAGGAGUACAAGAAAGAGGAAAACAAGAAACUGCAGAAGGAGCGCAAACUGUUUGAGAAGCACGCGUCGGCCGCCAGAGCCAUUCCUGACAAGAAGGAACGAGAGGAAAUCCAGGCGUUGAAGCAGCAGCUGAACUCCCUGCAGGAGGAGCUGAGGAGGAAGGAGAAUCGCUGGACGUCCACACACAGCCGGCUGCGGCAGCAGAUGGACUCCCUCAGCCAGGAGAACAGCUCUCUCCAGGACGAGAUCCGUGUGUUGGAAAAGCUCCGCCUCAGUACCUGGAAGAAAAACCCCGUCACUGCAGAGAAGGACAAAGAAACAAAAGACGCUCCUGGAUUUUUUGUAAACAAUGUUUCAUCUGUGACCAAAGGAGUGAAAUUUGCUAGUCCUCUUGACUCUCGAGGAAGCAGCAGCAGUCCUCCACACAGCGGCACUGCUGCAGCGGGUCGACGGGGCUCCGGGGAGACGAGCCAGGGCGCUGCAGGGAUGAAGAGCAGCCUGAGGCGGCCAGCAGGGCCAGGCGCCGCUUCCUCAUCCUCCUCAUUGCCUGGCAGGAUGACAGAGGAGAGGUCACCACCUGCCAACAAGAGCCAGGACAAACCGCCAAACCAAGAACAAUCAAACAGCAGCUCUCCAAAAAGAGAUUCUCUGCCAACAGAAGCAGAGUGCCGUGAGGCUGAGGAGGCAGAGUCAGCUCAGGAGGUUAUAACACACUCUGACGGGAAGGUAGAGAAGGUUCUGGCUGGUGGCGAUCGCCUCAUCGUCUUCCCCAACGGGACCAGGAAGGAGGUUUCAGCCGACGGACUGACGGUCAAGGUCACCUUCUUCAACGGAGACACCAAGCAGGUCACAGCCGACCAGAGAGUGAUCUACUACUACUCUGACGCCCAGACCACACACAUCACCUACCCAGAUGGCAUGGAGGUCCUGCACUUCCCCAACAACCAGACUGAAAAGCAUUUCCCGGACGGUCGUAAAGAAAUCACCUUCCCAGACCAGACGGUCAAGAACCUGUUCCCAAACGGCAGAGAGGAGAGCGUGCUGACAGACGGGACCAUCAUACAGGUCAACCCGGACGGCACCAAGGAGAUCCAUUUCAACACGGGCCAGAAGGAGAUCCACACCGCUGACUACAAGAAGAGGGAGUAUCCAGACGGCACCGUGAAGACGGUCUACGCCGACGGCAGGCAGGAAACCCGCUACCCCACCGGACGGCUCAGGAUCAAAGACAAAGACGGCAACGUCGUCCUGGACCACAGGGCGUAAACUAAACAUAUGAAUCACUUUCUUGCUCUCCUCUCUCCACAGGGAGGUCAGAGGUCAGCCGGUUUGGAUUUAGAGUUCUUCUAAGCUCAGCUCACUUCAUGAAGGAAAAGCCGCCGGCUGCAGCUUCACAGUAACAGACAGACACGAGAGUGGUGUCAGUCUUCUCAUCGAACUCUUGGCAAGAAAGGAAAUGAGUGUAUUUCCCCCAAAAUCUUCCUUUUUAAUGCUUCAACAUGCUGCCAAAAGGUGAAACUCAAAGCCGAUGAGUUUGAGGAAGUCUCUUUUUAAUAUUUUAAUAAUUUUUUAAUUCAAUUUUAAAGGGAGGAAGUUGAGCCUCCUCCUCAUUUUAUGGCAGCACACAUACGGGUUGAUGCCUGUUAUCACAGUCCAACACUCCAGAGAAGCAGCAGUGGGUUUUGUUUGUUUUUAAAUCACGCUCGUUUCCCCAAAUGGGCAAAUCUCAUGUGCCCCACCUUCACUACAUGUGUCUGCAUGUCGCAUCGUUCAUCACUGAGGUCUAACAAAUGUGUUGAAUGCAUUUCCCUCUUCAUAACACAUUAGCAGAAUUGAAUUAGGAUUGAUUUUUAUUUAAAACGCUGCAUUGUUUGCAUGUUUUUUCAUGCUCUUACUCACCGUCUUUGUCGGCACAUUUCUUUGCUCAUUACCACCAGAAAGGUUUUGCAAAUGUUUUAUUAGGAAAUACAUUCACCACAUUUGUUAGAUCUCAAAGAUACACAGAAGAAGAAGAAGAAGAAGAAGAAAACUCCAGAGGUCACCUUUAAUGUUUUUCGUCUAAAACGUUACCUGAAUUUUUACAAUGAAAUCGCAUCUUUAGUCACGAGAGACAAUGUUUGGUUUGUAUAAGGAUCAUUUUUGCUUAUGAUCUACCACCAAACUUCAUCCACAGCUGUGAAUAUUUAAACAGACUGAGAGAUACUUGCAUCGACUCAUUGUUUACACUUCCAGUAAAGGCUUGAGAAUAAUGAAAUGCUGAACAGAAACAAAAUGUCACGUGUGCAUUAGACUGAAACAGACUGCUUUUAGUGUGGUGUGUGAAGUGUUUGUUUGCAUUAAUUUUAAUUUGUAAAAAUGUUAAAUACAUAUUUAU